GAGAUAAGGACAUGGUUACAUCUUGGAGGUCGAAAAUACCUCCAUGGUUUAUAAUACUAUAGAUUAUUCUUGAAGGACUUUGGCUCCCAAGGGCACUCAGUCACUAGUGCGAUAAGUGGAAAUAUAUCACUAAAUAACCGAUAGGCCUACAUUGGACUUAUGUUCUUUUGUAGACUAUGAUGAUUAAUUCUCAACACAACGGCAUUGACAACUUUGUAUAGUAUAUCUCAUUACACACAAACGUACGGAGCUUUUUAUUUAGGAGCCGGACUCGCAACUCUCAUUUAUAGCAACGAAGAUGGAAUAUGACUGUAUCAUUGUGGGUGCCGGUGUUUUGGGUUCAAGUUCUGCUUACCAACUUGCGAAAGAUGGUUACAAAGUCCUCCUUUUGGAUCAGUACUCGUUACCUCACAGCCGAGGUAGUUCACACGGAGCUGUUCGCAUCCUACGCUAUCCCUAUUCAGACUACCGGCACCAGACUACUAUGCCAGAACAACACCAAAUGUGGUAUCAACUGGAGAAAGAAGCCUCUACUGUUUUGACCCACAAAACACCGAGUGCAAUAGUAACUCCAUCUAGGAACAAAGUUUUCUUGGAUAAAUUAAAGAUCGCCAGGAAAUCGGGCAUUGCUUGUGAAGACUUAGAAGCGUCUCAAUUUGAGGAAAGGUAUCCGAUGCUUGAGUUCCCCGGUUGUUCUGUUUUUACAUACAGUAUUCUUAUCAUCGACGCACACAAAGCUGUGCAAUGCUUACAGAAUGAAUUCGUUAAGAAUGGUGGCACCCUCCUUGACGAUGAGAAAGUGUUAAAGAUUGAACCGGGUCCGAUUGUAACUGUCCACACUAACAGAGGUCAUCGUUUCAGGUCAAAGGGCAUCAUCCUUACUCCUGGGCCAUGGGCUUCUAAGCUACUUCAACCGCUAGGUAUUGAUCUACCACUUAAGGUGUGGCGAGUGAAUGUUUGUUAUUUCAAAGAGAAGGAGCCUGGUUUAUACAGUAACGUCCCCAUCAGUCUAUGUCAUGCUGACGAUGGAUGCGAUGAUAUAUUUCUGUUUUUUCCAAGUAGGGAAUUUCCCGGACUCGUAAAAGUCAAUUUUCACUACCUUUGGGACGAAGUCGACCCUGACGAAAGAGACAAGAGUGUAGGAAAAGUGCAACAAGACAUCAUAAUAAUUAAAGAGUUUGUAAAGAAACAUCUACCUGGCUUGGAACCUUAUCCGUCUGUUAUCGAACCCUGCAUGUAUACGUGUACGCCAAAGGAAGAACUCAUUGUAGGUCGCCAUCCAUUGCACCCAAACAUUGCGAUAGGUUGUUCUAUGUCUGGUAAAGGAUUCAAAAUGGCGCCUUUGGUGGGCAGAGUCUUGGGUGAAAUGGCAACUGGAAGACAGCCAAGCUUUGAUACCAGCUUAAUUGAUAUAGAACGGUAUAUCCAAAGCAAAAAUACCCCAAGCAAACAAGCUAAGCUUUAAGGCAGUGGACACUAUUGGUAAUUACUCAACAUAAUUAUCAUCAUAAAACUUUCUCGAUUACG